AUGAGCUUAAUUCAUGCAAUUCUCAUAUUUUUAUGUUUUAUUAGUAAUUUUUAUGGGUUUUCUGUAUUCAAUGAAAACGAUUCAGUAAUUGAAUUAAAUGCCAAUAAUUUCAAUAAUAAUAUUUACAGUAAAAGUCAUAUAUGUUUAGUAAAUUUUUAUCUCCAUUGGUGUCCACAUUGUAUAACAUACUCGAAGGUAUGGAAAGAGUUUGCAAAUGAUAUAAAAGAUUGGCAUUCAGUGGUCAAAGUAUAUGCCAUUGAUUGUGCAAAUAAGUCGAGUGAAGCUAAUUGUCGAAGACAUGGCAUAACUCGCUUCCCAAGAAUCAGACUCUUCAAGACAUUUGCAAACACCGCUGAUUUGGGACAGACUUUUGAAACACGAGAUACAGUUCAACAACUUAAGACACAAUUCAUUGAUUGGUUGCUAACAUCACACCAACACUUAAGACAUGACAUCAACUUAUAUCCCAUUAGUAUCGUCUCUAAGAAUGAACUGUUUAACGCUCUUCCACUUAAUUUACAUAAAUAUAAUCUAAUAUUUUUGGUCAACAAUCCGACACAUUUAGCUGUUGAGAUUAUUUUGGACUUCAGUCAACAUUCAGAUGCGGUUAAUAUAAUAACAGUAAACGACAGGAGUGGUCGACUUAGAAGUCAACUCUUCUCCCAUUCAGUCAAUCUUCCGGCGCUUAUCAACGCUCACACUAACCAUAGUUUACAAUUGAUUGCAAGUGCUCAUUCAACAAAUGAAGAGCUUCUCCGUAAAGAAUUUGGUCUUAAAAUUAAAGAAUUAUUAAAUAUUAGUGAAAUUCAAAUAAAUAUCAACGAAACCAAUAAUAGAGAGAAGAAUAUAACAACAAAUUCAUUAAUAAUAUCAAUUAGAAAUGAAUUGCCAUUAAGUUUGUCUGAUCUCUACAAUACUUUACGACAAUUUCUUCAUUCAGAAGUGACUCGUUAUGAAAAAUUGAAUUCAAAUCAAUUAAAAAUAUUAAAAACUUAUUUUUCAAUUAUUUAUAAGUAUUUUCCAUUUGAUAACGAAAAUGUUCGCCGAUUUUUUAAACGUAUGAAACAUUGGUUUUCCAAUAAAACGGAUGAAAUCAAGUCCGAGACAUUGAUUGCAGCCAUGAAGAUAAGUGAUGGCUAUUUACCACCAAUGGUUCAAUGGAGACAUUGUUCUGGAAGUAAACCCAAUUUUCGUGGCUAUUCCUGUGGUUUGUGGUCAUUGUUUCACGUAUUAACUGUUAGAGAGUAUACAAUGAAUAAAAAAAAUAAGACUCAAAAUACUCACGAAGUCUUACCACUGAUGAGAGACUUUAUAAUUAAUUUCUUUUCGUGUGAAGACUGCGCCAAACAUUUUGAAAAAACUUCGAGACGACUGACUUCUUAUUUGGACACCGAUGAGAGUUCAGUGCUGUGGUUAUGGAGAGUUCACAAUCAGGUCAACCAACGAACUAAAGGCAGUCUCAGUGAAGAUCCAUACUUUCCUAAAGUUCAAUACCCAACCCAUCAAAUGUGUGGUCAAUGCUUUCAAAACAACAACGAGUUUAAUGAGACAAACGUAUUGAAGUAUUUACUCGAGACCUAUGAUCCCAAAAAUUUGACCAAAAGUGCCGCUUAUUAUGCGGAACAAAAAGUUUUGGCCAAAAACUCCGAUACAAAACUAGAGGUGUGA